AUGUAGAAUAGAUAGAUAUCAAAGACACUAUUCUUAGCAAUGAUCUUUUAUGAAGCAAGAAUAAUAUCAGAAUUAGAUAUACUAUGGGUAAUAAAUGCAGUAAAACUUGGAAAGGAAGACCAUCCUAUCGUUAUAAAAACUUUGAAACCAAAUAAUGGGAAACUAUUAUUGAAGUUUGAUGAUAAAACUGAUAAAUGGGUUUUAGAAGGAGAAGACAAUUUUGGUGAAUUUAAAAUAAUUGAAUAUAUAGAAUAAAAAAUAGAAUUUUAAAAAGAAAUUUAAAAAGGCGAAGUAAGGUAAGAAAAAUAUAAAUUAAUUUUAGACGAAAUAGAAAGCAAUAAAUCAGAAGAUGAAUGUUUAGAAAACACAGAGACGAAAGAUUAAGGAAUAAAAUAAAUAUUAUCUUUGAGCUAUUUUGAAGAAAAAAAAUGA